UAGUAAAACAAUUAUUUAUAACUAUCUAACAUAAUUAUUCAGUUUCAAAUCACUCAUUCGAAUUGAAAUAGUGAGAAUAGUCGCAUCUGGCAUAGCUUUUGGAAAAUCGUAAAAAAUACAAAAUGGCUUUCAUUCUACGUAAGACUUUAGUUCUUAACAAUAUCAGGCAAUACCACAGGCAUUUAGCUUUGACUGAUACAUCAGCUUUUAAAGUUAAGAAUAAGGAAGCGCUAUUGAAAGUUCUCCCAGAAGUUAUAGAUACUGUCUGCAAGGGACCAACUUUGUCAACACAGCCGAAAGUUGCGAAUUGGGUGAAAGACAUGUUGGAGUACAUAUUACUUGGGGCGAGUCUUAGGAGAGCAAACGACGUCACAGCUGCUUACGUCAUGUUCGAAUCCCCCGAAAACAUCACUGAGGAGAAAAUUCAUUCAUCACACAUCCUGGGCUGGUGUACAGAAAUGACAUACGCUUUCGGAUGCAUCGUAGAUGAUAUCAUGGACUCGGCAAGUUUACGUCGCAACAAACUUUGUUGGUACAGACGGCCAAAUGUUGGCGUAAAUGCGGUGAACGACACCAUUCUGUUACAUCAGGCGAUCUUGGAGAUACUGGAGAUCAAGUUUGGGCAUACACCCGAAUAUACUGAUUUAGUAAAAAUAGUUAAUAAUGCCAUUUACGUCUUCGGGAUUGGACAACAAUUAGAAAACUUCACAGUGUACACCAAAAAGAGGAACAAUCUCGAUUGUUUUACUUUCGAGAAUUUCAAGAAUAUUGCCAUACGCAAGGCAGCCUACGCCACUACGAAAUACCCAUUACUACUGGGCCUCACGUUGAUGAAGGAUAGACAGAAGAAAGCCAAGAAAGAAUGGAUCGAUAUAUGCCUCGAUAUCGGGCCGCUUUAUCAAAUACAUGCAAACUACGUUACUAAUUUACUAAUCAACCUGCAUUUCUGUUACCAGAAUGACUACUCAGACGUCUAUGAGAAGGAAAGCGAGUCGGGCAAAACGGGCAACGACAUUCAGGAAGGAAAACUGACGUGGCUUGCACUAACAGCUUUACCGCGCUGCAACGAGCAACAACUCGCUACAUUCAAGGAAUUCUAUGGAAGCCCUGACCCUGAACACGUAAAACAGAUCAAGCAAAUCUAUGACGACUUAAAAUUGCCGAAACUUUACGAAGAGUCUGAAAGUAAAAUGUACAAUGAAUUGCUGGGAAGAAUUAGAGCGUUGCCAACUGAACCCGAGAGAAAGUUUUUCUUGAAUCUUUUGGGAGAGUGGUAUAAAGCUGGGUAUUAAUUGUUUAUCAGCAAUUUUGAUGGGCCCUUGUAAACUGUAGUGCCUUCGAUGAAUAAAAAUGUAGAUUCCUAUUAA